AUGGUGACGGUGGAGGACGAGGAUGGUGACGAGGAUAGUGACGAGGACGAUGAUGACCCAGGUCCAGACCCAAAGUUAAGGUCCCAAAAUCCAGAGCCCCAUAGUCCAGACCUCAGAGUCAGACCUCAGAGUCCAGACCCCAAGAGUCCAGACUCCAGAGUCAACCCAGGUCCAACCCUCAGGUCAGCCAAGUCGACCCCAGAGUCAGACCCAAGUCGACCCAAGUCAGACCCAAGAGUCCAGACUCCAGAGUCCGAACCCUCCAGAGUCCAGACCCUCCAGAGUCCAGACCCCAAGAGUCCGACCAAGAGUCCAGACCCCAAGUCACGACCCCAGAGUCAGACCCAAGUCCAGACUCAGGUCAGACCCAAGGUCAGACCAGAGUCCAGACCCCUCCAAAGAGCUUACAAUAAGUCGCCCAUAACAAUGCUUCUCACAACGACCUUCACCAUUUGA